GAAACAUUACUUUUCGUCAACUCUAUGUUUUUGCGAUGUUUUCGCGUAGAAGAAAAAAAAACAAAACGAAAGGGAAUGUAAUUUUUCUGUCUGAUAUAAAUUUUGCUUUUUUCAUUAAUUCGCGCGCCAGAUUUAUUGCAAAAACACGAAGGAAAUUGUUUGUGGGGUGCAUAAGUAAUGGCCGCGACAAAGUUACGAAGUCCCGGGAGUGGAUGUCUCAGUCAAAUAACAACAAUUUUCUUUGAUUUGGACAACACACUCAUUCCAACGAGGAAAGCAGAUGCAAAAGCCUGCAAUAAGCUUGUUGAUUUUCUGCAUGAGGAACAUGGGAUGAGCCGCGAGGCUGCUCUCUUGUCAACCUCAACAUUUUUGCGAACUUUUCGUCGCUGCCCAGACAAUGAGGAGCUCCCACUUGAGGAAUGGCGCUGCCACUUGUGGUCAGAGGCCCUUCCGGAGCCCUUCAGGUGUCUCAGUGGCGAAGUGUACCGCACAUGGUUGCAACUUCGUUUGCGCUACAUGACCCCCACCGCGGAGACGUUCAAAAUGCUCGAAUCACUCAAGGCUCACUUCUUCCUGGCACUGAUCACAAAUGGACCGAGUGCGGCGCAAUGGGAGAAGGUGAAUCGAUUGAAUGUUGCAAAAUACUUUGACUGUAUCCUAGUGUCUGGCGAUUUGCCGUGGGAGAAGCCCGAUGCGCGUAUUUUUCAUGCAGCAUGCAACCUACUAGGUGUCCAAGCGCAUCAGUGCAUCAUGGUUGGAGAUAAAUUAGAGACUGACAUUCAGGGUGGUAAAGAUGCAAAAUUGGGGGCUACCUUUUGGCUUCCGCUGACAAAUGCUGAACGUGCGGAACCACAAUUGGGCUACAUGCCCGAUUUUACCAUCCACAAUCUGUCGGAUAUGCUAGCUGUGUUGCCAUGCGGAAUGUCCAGUAGGCGUUUCCCAGCCUCGAGAGAUCGUUGCUCAUCCAUUGGUACAGCUGGAGGUGUUUUGCAGCGUUCACGUGUGCCAUACAAUCGCCGUGUGGCGUCUCUACCCGAUUUGGAUAGUUGCAACAGCAACAGUUCAGAUGGAAGCUGAUCCCAAUCGAUAAUCCAACUCAUCAGUUACCUCUUUAUGACUCUGAGAACUAAUAUGAAAAGUUUCCUAGUCCUCUAAAUUGAGGGAAUUCCGUUUUUUUUUUUGUCUGAAAAGAAUAUUUUUGAAAGGUUUGUUUAUUCUCAAAUAUUUUGCAUAUGUUACCUUUUUUUAAAUACAAAUUUUUUGAGGUUAGUUUCAAUCAGGUAGUGGCUAGAAGAGCUAGAAGAUUGAAUUUGGUUGAGAAAUUGAAACCAAAGUGCAAAAUAACUGAUAUGCUUUAGUUAGAAACAAUGAUCCUCAUAGAUUUUUUUUGUCAUUAUUAGGAAAAUAGAAAAUUAAAUUAAAUUCUGUUUGUACAAACUAUUUCUUAAUUUUUGUUUGUUUCCUAUGUUACCUCCUUUGUGUUGUAUUCGAACUCAAGUACAAAUAUUGAAAGUAAUACAAAAAACUCUUUUUUAGUAGACUUUUCGUAUAAUAUUAGAGAGAUUUAUCACAUCACGAUGAGGAUGACAAAAUAUAUAAUUAAAUUUUGUGAUCAUUGAGUCUGAUUUUGUAGAUUGAGAGACCAUUGUAUUUUAAGAAACUAUACUACUAUCCAAUAUAAAAAGCAACGUAGGGUGCUAGUUAUGAGGGAGAUAAUGUUCAUUUUAUUGUGUAAAUAGGAGUAAAUGCUUGUAAAUUGCAAUUAAUGCCAUUUUAUUUGAGAAUUUGGUGUGAAUUUGCGUGGAAUCUGAUGAAUUGAUAUCAUUGUAACUAAUAUAAAUAAAAAAAAUAUGCGAUGCCUCAGAAGAGACGAAACCUCAAAAUAGUGGGACUAAUGAAAACAAAACAUAAAUUGUAAUAAAAUUGUAUGAAAAAAUAAAGGAAUACGAAUAAAUUUCGACAAAAAAUCAAA